CACCCGCUGUCAUUAUUGUUUCAGUACAUGAAUUUGGAAACUGUUACUAAAUAAAAAUGGGUUGUAUGUUGAGAAGUGACCCUAUGUCACUGUUUGAUACAUACAUCCAACCCGAAGUAGCGUUUGAAACGAUGUCUUAUCUUGGAGAUUUAGGCUGUUGUCAGUUUCUGGAUAUGAAUCCCGAUGUUCAGCCAUUUCAGAAAAGUUAUGUGUCAGAAAUGUGUCGAUGCGCGGAAAUGGAACGGAAACUAAGGUUUAUGGAAGACGAAAUAUUGAAAGAUAGUAUUCAUAUACCUCACUUGAAAACUGAACCUCAAGCCUUACAACCAAAUGAGAUGCUUACAUAUGAGAAUAUGUUGGACAAGUGGGAAGGCGACAUUAUGGAAAUGUCAACAAAUGAAUCAAAUUUAAUGAAAAACUACGUUAAGAUGUCUGAAAUGUAUUAUGUCUUAGAGCACGUCGGACCAAUGCUGGGAGACGCUGAGUUGAGAAGAGAAUCAUUUUUUUCUAAAAAAAAUACAACCGCUGGUGCUGGUGAUAUUGGCUUUGGGGGUCAAUUGAUGGUUCUUGCGGGAGUAGUGAGACGAAAGAGAUGUUUUCACUUCGAAAUGAUGUUAUGGAGGAUCUCCCGUGGAAAUAUAUACUUUCGACAGGCAUCUCAGGACAGAAUAUUCAAGGAACCAAUGUCGAUUAAAGAAAUUAGAAAGGUUGCAUUCUUAGCUAUUUGUCAAGGAGAAGAGCUGAAACUCCGUAUGCAAAAAGUAUGUAGCGGAUUUCGUGUCAAUGUAUACUCUUGUCCUAAAACAUAUGAAGAAAGAACAGAUAUGCUUGAAAAAUUGGGUACUAGACUUCUUGACAUCGAACAAGUACUAAGAAAAACCGAUUUCCAUCGAUGUAAAACUUUAAGAACAAUCUCUCGUCAGAUUCGUACAUGGGUGAUACAAGUGAAAAAGUCAAAAUCUAUUUAUCAUAAUUUAAAUUAUUUUAAUAUGGACAUUACCAAAAAAUGUCUCAUUGGUCAAUGUUGGGUACCGGAUAGAGAUGUAAACAAAGUUCAAGAAGGCCUAAAAAAGUGCUCGCAAAUGGUCGGUACAAAUGUACAUUCGUUCAUGUCAAAGAGAAAUACUGACGCAGUGCCACCAACAUUUCAUCGUACCAACAGGUUUACUAAAGGAUUUCAAGCGCUAAUAAACGCUUACGGCGAUUCUGCAUACAGAGAAUUGAAUCCUGGACUCUAUACAAUAAUCACUUUUCCCUUUUUAUUUUCUUUGAUGUUCGGUGAUAUGUGUCAUGGUAUAAUAUUGUUGCUUUUUGGAUAUUGGAUGAUAAUCAAUGAGAAAAAGUUCAUCGCCCAAAGAUCAACUAAUGAAAUUUGGAAUAUUUUCUUCGGAGGACGUUACGUUAUUACGAUGAUGGGUGCCUUUUCAAUGUACGCCGGGUUCAUAUACAACGACUGGUUUUCUAAGGCUAUAGUAGUAAUGGAUGCCUAUUGGAUCAACAAUCUGAACGCGGAACAGAUUGCAGCAAAUCUAAUAAUUGAACUGGACCCUAAAGAUGAAACGGGACCAGUUUAUAUAUUCGGUAUAGAUCCAAUUUGGAAAGUGGCUAAAAACAAGAUAAUGGUCGAAAACUCAAUCAAAAUGAAACUGUCUAUAAUAAUUGGAAUAGUUCACAUGAUGUUCGGAAUUUUUCUCAGUUUAUUCAAUUACAUAUAUUUUAAACGCAAAUAUCUGAUAUACUUGCAAUUUAUACCAGAGAUUUUAUUUCUAAUGUGUCUUUUCCUCUGGUUAGUGAUUUUGAUAUAUUUAAAAUGGUUCACAUACAGUGGUAAAUCAGGGGAUCUUUUAACGGGCGCUGGAUGUGCUCCCCAAAUCCUAAUCCUCUUUAUCGACAUGAUGCUACUAAGUACUACUAAACCAGUGGAAGAGGAUUGCGAAGCAUACAUGUUCAAAAAUCAACAGACUGUACAAACAAUUUUGCUAGUCAUAGCCUUAUCCUGCAUACCUAUAAUGUUAUUUGGACCACCUGGUUAUAUUUAUUACGUUAAUAAAAGGAAAACAAAAGAGAUUAUGAAAACAGUUAGUAAAUUUCGUGGCUAUCAACAUCGAGACUCGGAUAAGCUGUCAGAAAAUGAUAUCGUUGCGCAGUUGAAAAAAUAUCAAGUGAAUUUCGGGGAACUCAUGAUUCACCAGGGCGUACAUACUAUUGAGUAUGUUCUGAGUACAAUAUCGCAUACAGCCUCAUAUCUACGACUAUGGGCAUUAUCACUGGCUCAUGCCCAACUAUCAGAAAUGUUGUGGAUAAUGAUUUUCGCAAAAUUAGCAUUGAGUGAUCACAGUAUACUGGGAUCAAUAAAAGUAUUUGUCGUAUUCGCCAUUUGGGCCAUUUUCACUCUUUCUAUAUUGGUAAUAAUGGAAGGCCUUUCGGCGUUUCUUCAUACACUUAGAUUGCAUUGGGUCGAAUUUAUGAGUAAAUUUUAUUCUGGGGGCGGAUGGCCAUUUCGUCCUUUUUCUUUCAAGGGUUUAAUGUCUGGAGAAGAAGAAAAAAUUGAUACCGUUUGUAAAAAAAGACAAACGUAUCUUCAAGAAUAACCACAUCAGUUGAUAUAAUUUGAUGGCCAUAAUUAAUUUAGGUUGCGUUUUUGUUGGAUAAAAAAUACGACUACUUGUAUUAAGCAAGAUUUUCCUAUGUAUUUAAAUUGAUAAACGAAUCGGUAACUACUAAUUAUUGUUUGUUGAAGACAAUACCAGUAUAACACAGAGAAAUAGGACAUGCAGAAUGAAGUCCAAACGAAUGGACCGUAUGAAGUCAGACAGUAAAUCCCGGCAGCGGCUGUCAGCGCUGCUCGCAUUAGACCGCUGACCCAUUAAAUAGACAGCAUUUGCCGUUUCUAAUUUCAUUUGUUAUUCGAAAAAAAAAACACACGGCUAUUUAUGACAUAUAUAUAUUAUUUUAAAUUUAGAAACUAGUAGCGUACUUUACGCAAUUUAUUCCAUACUUAAAUGUAGUCACAUAUAUUAUUAUAACUACAUAUGUACCUAAGUGAAUUCCAACGUGAAACUAAACAUAGUAGUAUCACUUUAAUUGAACGUAGUUAUAAAAAUAUAAGUGUAAUAAAAGGAAAUGCACAUAACUUUUAAAAAUAAAAUCUAUUUCAAUUUUACAAGUAAGUGUAUAUGUAAUUAAUGAUAUACAUUAAUUCAUCAAUAUUUACCAUAUACUUAAAACUAAACUGUUGUUCGCCAAUAUUAAACAUACUCUCUUUGAACACGACGGCCUCCACAUACUUACAUUACAUGCUUUGUGUAUGUUAUAAACAAUGCUUGCUAGUACAGCCUUUGUGUAUCGGUAUAUUGCAAGGCAAAUGCAUCGCAACCUUCUCUCGGUCUGACCGCAUACAGGAAUAGAACGUUGUAUCGAAAUUAUUCUCAAUAGAAGGAAUUUAAAAUGGGAUUUCCCCAUAUUGUUAGAGAGUACAAGUAAAUUUUAUGUUAU